AGAGCUAAGCUGGCUGGGGAGGGUGGCAGAGUCCUGUGCCUUUCGGGGCCAUGGGCUGCUGUCAGGACAAGGACCAUCGGACCUCGGAUGAGCAAGGAAGAGAGGAAGUAACAGAGGAAGGCAGGGAAGGCAACGAAGCGGACAACCCAGGCCGCCGUAAACAAAGAUCUAACGAAAGUCUUCUGAUCACCGUGCUGUGGCGCAGACUAUCCAUGUUCAGCCGUCGGGGGUCCUCACGGUCAGGCAAGGACAAUCAGAUUCAGGAUCACAAACGUGAGGGAAGCCACAAGGAACCAGAAAAGGGCUGACUACAACCCUGGUCUCAGUCCUCCCCAACAUCCAGAGAAUAAAGUUAAUAUUGCGAAUCUGCUGAAAA